GAAGCAUAACUUUCUUGAAACCAAAGAGUAAAUGUUUCAUCCAUAGUUAUUAGAUUACCUUGAUAGAAGAAUCAGUGCCAAAUAACUAUAUUGUACUGAGAAUGUGAUUGCUGUUCUGGGUUUUGCUACAGCCAAAUUCAAUGUUUCAGGUCACACAUAUGAUGUGAUUUAACUGGGGUAAGAACUCUAGCCAACCUCUUGAGCAGGUGCUGUGUUGGUAUUGCUCAGGAUAAACUCAGCACCUCUCAAGGAUGAAGUUCAAAUGAUGCACAAGCCACAGGUUCACCGCGGUGUUUCAUCAUACCUGAAUUCCCCCAGCAGGUGUUCCUUUUUGUCAAACAUCCCGAUCUCAGAAAUGGAGAAGGCAAUAUGAAUGACAUCCUAGAUGGUGCUGACACACUUGUACGAGUGAAGGCUCAAGUGAUGCGUCGCGACGAGUCCAGCGGGGGUUGGGUUCCAGUUGCCGGCGGGGGGAUCUCUAACAUCUACGUGUGCAAGAAGCUCUGUGAGGAAGAUGCUGGAUACAACUACCUCAUCCUGGGAUAUCUCUCGCAAAAGGAAAUUCUACAUUGUACAAUCCAGAAAGACUUUGUGUACUACAAGGUCAUUCCAACAUUCCAUCAUUGGCAAACAGGAGAUCAGAGGUAUGGUCUCACAUUCAUCACAGCCACAGACGGACGCCUCUUUGACCGGGGGAUCCGCAUGGCCGUCGAUGAAAUGCUCGAAGAUAUGUACAAUGAUGACCCUGUGCAUCCAUCAGACAUGGGAGAAGAUGAUGUAUUCAUGGCUCUGGAUCUUCCUGUGGAGAAUGGAGGCAACAAUAGUGAAGGUGUUCCCACGCCCAAACGAGGUCCUGCAGGAAUUGAUGAUUGUGAACAAGACCAAACGGGAGCAGGUGGGGAUUCUGCAGUGACCGGUGAGGAAGAUCAAGUUCAACGUCAUGCUUAUCCGCCUCCAGUUCCUCCACCGUCGGCCCACAUCCACACGCACACGCGACCAUUGACAUCGAAGAAGGCACAAGAGCACCUGACACAGUGUACGCACCCUCACUCCGUUUGCAAGCACCAGAUCCAGCAUCGACAUUUUGCACAUCAUGUUCAUGGGACAUCUGCAGGGCACUUCUAUGCAGAAUCAGAUCCUGGGCAUGCAUGUGAACAUGUGGAAGUUCUCCCAUCGUCCUUCUCAGACUCUCUCAUCCCUCCCCCAUCCUCAUCCCCUCAGGGCUAUUCCUAUGUUCACUUCUCAAAGGAGCAGCCUCCAAUCCAUGAGUACAGCUACCCAGUUGUGUAUUCGGUUCAGAACAAGAACAAGUUGAAGGAAAAGGAGCUGAAAGAAAAGAGGAAGAUCCAGAACAAGACCAGAAACAAGGAAGUGUGUGAGAUGGAUCGACUGUGGAACUUUGCUGCCGGCGAUGCGAGCCCUGGGGUGGUGACUGACCAUCGCCUCCCUUCUCUCUAUGACCUACCUCUCCUGGCAGGCAAAGGCGCCAAGGACAAGAGUGACACGCUCGUGUCUGGUGCUCGGUUUCGCUGCAAACAUUGCCAAAUGUUCUUCUCUCCUGAGCGGAACUGGAGAGGAGGAUGUCGAUAUGCACCCGACCCAGUGCAGCAGGCAGUGGACACAGUGAGCUGCAUAUGGUGCGCCUCGGCUGUGGAAUACCACUGUGUGUCUGACGACGAAGGGGACUUGGACUCGGAACCGUGUCAUUGCUUUGGGGGAGGGGGAUCCUCUGCCCAAGGAAUGAGACGAUGCUUCCUUCUCACCCUUCUUUCUCUUGUUGUUCCUUGUUUAUGCUUCUAUUGGCCUUUACGAGGAUGUCAUCGACUGGGAGUCCAGUGUGGCAUCUGUGGUGGACGGCAUGCACCAUCUUAGCGCCACCUCGCACCUCAUUCCCCCCUUUCCCCCCCACCCUCUUGGGUUCAUUCUUCCUCUGCUCAUGGCAAUCAGGUUUUCUCUUUCAUCUCCCCCUAAACUCCCUUGUGUCAAUGCAUCAGAGUGAUGGAGGAAUGAAGUCCUCCCCCCCUUCUCUUGUUGUUGAUCCUUGCCCUACCUGUUUCAAUGGCAUUUAAAUUCUACAUGCAAUUCCAUCAAAAGACAUGCAUUUGUUCAUGCCCAGGUAGUUAUUUUACCUGCCUCACUUUCUGUGUUCCUGUGGGGCCAGAAUCUCUUCUUCUUUUUUGCCAAAAAAAGAAACAAAGAAAUUUUGUCUUGCUUCUCGUUUGGAAAAAGAUUCUCAUGGUACAGGUACCAGUAUGAAUUCUUGACGUGAUGCUGAGGGCAGUUCUCGCUUCCUUGUCAUCAGAUUUUUCUUUCCUGAAAUCUGUUGGCUAGGUUAGCAGCACCUGGCAAUUGCUCACUAUUUUUACUCAUGGCAGCUCUCUUCUGCUCAAAUCUUUUUCGAGAGGCUUCUAUUCCCCCCCUCUUGAGGCAAUUUCCCUAUUUCCUGUCCUUCCAGCAGAGCUGCCUACGAUUUUUUGCCCUUCCUUCCCCUUUCUUUCUUCUGAAAAUGCCUUGUUUGUGAGGACAUUGGGCUAGCAAAAUAUCCAAAGCUUCAAAACUACUGGACAUUCUAAUGACAAAAUCUCAUUUUCAUUUCAUUUCAAAGUUCAUUUCACCCUGUUAGAAUGGAAGAUACUUUCCAUAUUUCUCUGGUAUUUUGGAAGUUUUCUCAUCCAGCAUAAUGCAAAGCACCCAUACAUGUCAUGUCAUGUUAAAGAGCCUGCCACCAUCUGGAUAGAUACUGAUAAGUGAAAGAAUCUGACUGAACAAUGCUCAAGCAGGAGGAGGGAAGCUGCAUAAUUCCAAGUGCAGGCUGGACUUGCACUUGACCACCCAGGCCUCUGUGCGAAGGCUCGCAUGCGAUGCUGUGCGUCGCACGCGUGGCUUUCUCACAGUCGUGCGUGACCCCUUCUGCCUCGGUUUCCUGGAGUACCUACUGCUGUCGCUACAACCUGCAAUCUCUUUUUUUUGUAUUUUUCCUUGUUAAGCUGAUAAAUAUUGGGAGAUGGCAUCUAUUGACUUAAAUGAUCUUACAUGCAUUCUGCCCAAUUGUGAGAACCUUGUUUUUAAUGCUUGUUUUACCUGCUGAUCUCUUGAUAUCCAUAGCAUCAUAAAGUUGUGAAUGGUGCAUUUCAAAGAGUAAUUGUAUAGGUUUAAAAAAAGUCUCGGAUGAGGAUUUAUUGUCACUGAUGUCACUGCCUUUCUUUCUCGUUGGCAGGUUUUGCCUCACGAACGGAGCUCAUUUUUCUGCCUUUUUGAACGUGUGUCCAUUUCAUCGAUUGAAACUUCGAAGCGUUAACUCUCUGCAUGAAUCCAUGAGAAUAUAUAUUGGUUUUUUCUCUUAUCAUGUUCCGAGAAGUGGGAGCUGAGACCUGUUAUCUAAUGAUCCAUGUUUCUUGUCAGUAUUACCGGUCAUGAUGAAUUUGCUUCCAGCAAACAGUCUCAUGUGAUGUGACUUUUUCCCCAGAGAAAAAAAAUCAAUUGCCAAAGCCUUGUAAAUAAAGAUGAAUUUUGCUUGAUUUUUUCUCAA